AGGGCUUGAAGCCCAUGAACCUGCCUAAUUUCACCAUUUUCUUUAUUGGACAUUCAGACGCAAACUAAAACACAGAGACAGAGAGACGAAGCGAGAUGAAGACGAUGACGGUGUCUCGGUCGAAUUAUCGCUAUAAGUUCGGAUUGUUAAUUUCUGGAAUUGUGCUGUCGUUGUUGUUGUUGAUCAAUGCACCGAAGAAAGCCGAAGCUUCGAAGUCUCCGUCGGCUUUUGUUCAGACCGUCAUAUACUCUAACAAGAUCGCCGUGUUCUCCAAAUCUUAUUGCCCGUAUUGUCGUCGUGCCAAACGCAUCUUUAAUGAACUACAAGAGCAACCUUACGUUGUGGAGCUUGAUCAUCGAGAUGAUGGAUCCCAAAUUCAGGAUGUGCUUUUAGAUCUUGUUGGCCGUCGCACUGUUCCUCAAAUAUUUGUUAAUGGAAAGCAUAUUGGUGGUGCUAGUGAUCUUGAAGCAGCUGUUAGGAAUGGCGAGUUGCAAGAGCUCCUGGAUAUGGCUUCAACAGGUUUUCAACUUCUCCUGUUGUACUGGAUUCAUCACCAACAAUCAAUUUCCCUCCUUGCCUUACAAUUAUUUCUAUCAACUUCUACGAUCACAGAAAUUGCAGCCUCUGACAAGAGCAAACUCAAUUUGAGCUUCAUGCUCAUCUUUAGGGGUGAACAACAUUGCAAGGGCAUUUCUGUCAAAAAGACUGCUGUAGUAAGUUAAAGUAAGUUGUGAAGAGGUUUGAAGCAGUUGGUCUACUGCUGCGCCACGCAGCACACGCACAACAAUUUUUAAGUCAGAAGUCUUUUGAAAAACAAUAAGCUGCAAAUGGUCAAGUGUUGCGCGUGUGCUGAAUAAGUGAUCUGAAGUGGUUUUUUAGAAAAAACAAACCACACCUAAAUCUACGAAUUCUACCUCCGAUCUCUCUCUGUUUGUUUGAUUGAUGUUUGAUGAUAUUCUUCUUGCAAGCAGGAUCUUAUAAUUUCACCUUGUUGAUCUAAAUGAUAAACUUUCAUCCUUGGUUUUUCUCUUGGAUCUAUACUAUAGGAAG